AUGAAAAGCAAAAAAGGAAAGCAAGGAAGAAAAGUGCAAGCCGCGAGACCUGAAGAGUGUUGCAAAAUUAAAGCGGAGAUUGCAAAAUUGUGUUGGUGUUUUAAGAAAAAGUCAUUUCUAGUUUGUACUCUCUCAGCAUGUUUACAAAACUGGGAUGCAAAUCAACAACAGCAUAUGUUCUAA